AUGGAGCAAUUCGUGAGUUCUCGCGUGGUGCGGCGAACUGGAGUGUUCGCCCUGGCCGUGAUCUUGCUUGUCAACGCAUAUCUAUUCUCACAACGAUGGCCAGUUCACUUUCGAUCCAGCUCUGUUAGCAGCAGCCCGGGAGCUUCCACGUCAACAUCAGCCUUGGCGCCAACUCACACGAUAUCCGGAAUUGACGGAUUAGCGACUGGAACACCUGAACUCGUAUCUUCCAUUUUACCAUCGUUGGCCAAACAGCAGAGCACCUAUCUACGAGAUCUUUUUCAGAGGCUCGACAGUGUUAAACCUGAUUGUUCAGGGCCGCAUUUGCAAAAAGAUGCCGGAGGUACUGGAUAUGAGCCCGUGGAGCCAAGGCCAAGGCCCGAUUACAUUUCGAAUGCCGACGAGAUGCGAGAACCUCUGACAAAGUCGCAUGAGGACUUCGUCGCGGGGAUCAAAGAAAUCUCUGACUUACCUUACCACUCAGGUACCAGGGGUAUUGUCUCGUCUGCGGGUGGAGACUACAUGCCCACUUUUAUUUCAUCACUACGCAUGAUCCGCCGAACUGGCUGCACAUUGCCCGUUGAAGUUUUCCUCAUCGACUGGGACGAAUUCGAACCGUAUAUAUGCGAGGUCGUCCUACCAACGCUCAACGCGAAGUGUAUUGUCCUUCAGGAAAUGUUAGAAGACGCCCAUUUUCUGAAGGAUGAUGACUCUGUUAAGAUCGAAGGGUAUCAAAUCAAGCCAUUCGCAAUGAUAUUAUCUUCAUUCGACACCUUCAUCUGGAUGGAUUCCGAUUGCAUCCCUCUUUACGACCCUGAAGUCCUUUUAGACGCCGAACCCUUCACAUCAACAGGCCUUGUCACCUGGCCUGACUUCUGGCAGAACAGUGCCAGCCCCCUCUACUUUAACAUCAGUGGCCAACCCGAGCCUUCAAUGCUCGAAAGAGCAUCCACCGAGUCCGGAAUCGUACUGAUGUCCAAACAAAAACAUGCCGAAACCCUCGCUCUAUGCGUCUACUACAACUACUGGGGACCGGAUUACUACUGGGCACUACUUGGUCAAGGAGCAUAUGGCAGUGGAGGCGACAAGGAGACAUUCGUCCAGGCAGCCUCCGCUCUGGGUGCGGAUUUCUACGCCGUCAGUGAACCUAUCGCAGAUGCAAAAUACCUUGCUAAAUCCGGCGAUUACAUGUUCGGUGCUAUGGUACAAGCCGACCCAAGGGAAGACUACAAGUUGACACGUCAGGGAAUUUGGCGGGUGUUAGAUCGCGGUCUUGCAAGAGCGCCGAGUGUGUUCUUUGUACAUGCUUCGAAUCCAAAAUUCAAUGCUGGAUCAGACAUUUUGGACCUUCUUGAAAUUGAAGAUGGGGAAUGGGGACGCGUAUGGGCUGGACCCGAUCAUGUCACCAGCAGAUUUGGCUAUGAUAUUGAGAAGCCCUACUGGGAGGAAUUGAUGAAUGUUACAUGUUCUCUGGAACAUGCAUUCUUCGCGUGGCAACAUAAGAGGGGGCUUUGUGAGGGUGUUCAGAAAUACUGGAACAGCACCAUUAUCAACCCGGACACUCCUCUACCCCCGUUUAUCAACGAAACUGUUAUCCUCAAUAUCACAUCCCCGGUGACGAGCGCUGGAAAGGAGGCCAGUCCAACCCCCCAUCUGGCCCGGUAG